AUACGAGGAUUGAUCUUGAAAACUGCAUCUGCGUUACUCCGGAAGGGCAACUGGUGCUCUCCCUGGGAGUCGAGGACUAUCAAAGACUGGGAAUAGAGGGGAAGCAAUCGUACUUCGAUAGAUCCAGGAGUUCUCGGUUUGCCCCCCCUGUCUAAAAAUGCCCCGGAAGCAUCAAGUGCCUGCGCUGCAAGAGCUCGCACUGUGCUCCAUCGGCGAAUACGUAACAGCCUUCGGCAAAUCAAUAGUCACCCCAAUCAUCAAGCAAUCAUACACAGACCCCCGAGGGGGUUUAAAACGCCUUCAAAGCCUCCUCACCUCAAUGAAACACCGCCUGAGCUCGAGCAUCCCCUGGCAUCUGUACAAUCCAAUGGCCUUGAAAUCCCUGAACGCCAUAAAGGCCCUGAUAAACGAACGCAGAAAUUUUUACGAUUAUCUACCGGCCGAUGUCUUCCUCACUGAGGUGAACGUCCUCGUGAACCUGAUCGAGGUCCUUUUGCACCAUAACCUGCGGUCAAUGGAGUUCACGGAGUGGCCGAAGAUAAUGCGACAUGUUCUGUACAACAACCUUCACAAUAUGUCUGGGCUGGAGGUGCUGGACCUCGGCUCGGGAUCAGCUGGCUGGCGUACGUCGGAGAUCGAGAAGCUGAUUAUCAAUGGCGUCUCCCAUAUGCCGAAUCUCCUGUCGUUCACCCUCUGCUCAGACUGCACCGACAACAUCAUCUUCGUCGUGGGUGGAACUUGCAAAAAGCUCAGAGCUCUUGACGUUAUAGCGUCGAGAUCUGUCACGGACAGGAGUAUUCCCUCAAUUCUCAAUUGUCAUUACUUGAGGGAGGUGAAACUCUUCAGGACCUCGGUCUCCAUCAGUGGCUUUGUCGAUCUGUUCAUCGGUCUGCCCUGGUUGGAGAAUAUUGGACGUUGUGAUGACAUGGGGGAAGUCUUUGAGUCCAUCCCCCUCAAGGAAAUAAGUCACAACUCAGAGAAGAAUUUGGCACUUAAGGUCCUUGAAACUAGAAAUGUUACUGUUGAGGAUUUGUUCUUGUUCAUCGACAUGUGCCCCUUCAUCACCAGCAUCUCCAUCAUGUGCGACGAGAGGACGGAUCUGAGGAUAUUGUCGGCUUUGCACCAUUUGCAGGAGCUGAAGCUUCUGUCCUGUGACUUCUAUGCAGAUAAGGUUAAUGAUCUUCUGGAGCUCACCAACUCCAGGAUCAAGAGUCUCCAUCUGGAGCACGUUGAGGAGAUCGACAGGAGUGCUCUGGUGUUCAUCAGUCAGUACUGUCCUGGGAUAAGGAGUCUGACGUUCUACAAUUGUGAUUUCUCUGAGGGAUUGUCCACCCAGUUUAGGGCGCUGAAGAUCGAGCCUUUCAAAGUCUUGGAGAGGCUCAAGUGUGUGGCGGAUUGCGCCAGCUGUCAUCUAGAAUUCUUGAUGAGCAACUGCCAGAGGAUCAAGUUCAUUCAGCUGGGGUCCUCAACGGGGGUCGGCGAUGUGACGAUGCAGAAGGUCUUUGCGGUUAAUAAGAUGAGGGAAUUGGAGGAGAUGAAGAUUCUUUAUGGGGGUGAUUUGUCCAUGAGGACUGUGAGACUGAUUAUGGAGAAUUGCGAGAGGUUGAGACGACUCAGUGAGCUCGAAGGCUGGCAUGGGGUUACCCAGGGGGAGCUGGAGAGUUUCAGGGAGGAACUGAGGGUCAAUAAUGUCGAUUUGGAUACUAGUCCCACUCUGUCGCUUGCCUGAAGCUCUUUUCGUGGAGCGAGGAGCAGCUGAGGGUGGCAGGAUGAAGAAGUUUGGGAAUGCUCGGGUCGGGGGGAUGAUCUGGCGAGGAAGUUCAUAGACCUUGACUUAAGAUAAUGUGAUUUGCCUUCUGAAGGAGAAGGGAACGAUUAGAAAUUAAUUUGACUUUUUUUGAUGAUUAAUUUAUUUUGAAAGUAAUUUUUGAGAAUCGAAAUCGAUUUCCACAAAUGGUUUCUCGAUGGAAAAUUGAUUUUUAUUCAAUUAUCUAUCAAAUUGAAUUCGAAGUACUUGGGUGACCUAAAAAAAUCAAUUAUUUGGUGAAUAUCGAAAGAAUCAACGAAUUUAGGAGCCAUAAUUCAACUUUAUCGAAUAUUUUAUCGAAGUGUUUUAUUACCAACAAUUUCACAAUUUAUUCAAGUCAUUUUGCUACUUUACAAUUGUACGGACAAUUAUUAAGUGCUGAAAAUAUUUAUUAUGAUGAUGAGGAUUGUCGGCCAAUGCUGCAUCCCCUUAAAUUUGUGAUAAUUUCAUCGUAACGAAAAAUUACGAUUUAUUUGUGACGUAGAUAUCAGCUGUACUGAGGUGCCACUGAAUAUUGUUUUCCAUUAAUGUUAGUGAUAACGAAUGCUGGUACUAAUUUAAAUAUUUAUACCGUAUUUUAUACACUAGUCUUCGAGGAAUUUGUACAUGUGGACUGUGAUGACGCUUCCAAUUUUGUUAUUUUUACUUUAUUUUGUAUAUAAAUGUUUUUUGACGUUGGA